UAUACACUCUUUGUUUCCUCCCGUCCGGUGUGUAGUGGUGGUUCCCCGACACACAGGGGAGCAACGACUGGCGGUGUACCUAUCCUUCCGUAGUUUGGAAGCUCUGGUGUACUUCGUAGCGCAGGAAGCUCGUCGUACGAGUAAACGUCCACUGUCAUUGCUAACAAUAGGAAAUGACUUCAGUUUACGGCAUUUACUUUGCCGUAGUCGUGUAGUGAGAGUCGUAUGUUAGCAAGGAAUACCGCUCCUGGUUUUUUAAUGUACUAACACUUCAUUUGAGUGCUGAACCCGAGCAACAGAAGCUAUUGAUUUGACUGAAGGGAGAAAGAGAGAAAAAAGUCCUUACCACAAGGACUAGCAAAUCACAAAUAAACCGCGUGUCACCAUAUUGUGUGUUUCUUGACCAAAUGUAAGAUCUCGGAAAAGAAACUGGCUUUUUUUCUUCAGUUCACCACGCUGAAUUAAUAGCUUAUCCAUCCAUUAACUAAACGUCAACGACCGGGACCAGUUUGCCAACCCAACAUCCUCUACGACUGGUUGCAUCCAGAAGUAGUUUCAUAUUUAAACCAGGUUAUUGCUAAUAUAUCUUAAAAGAAAAGCGGAAGUAGCAGUUACAUCCACUAUCGAGUAGACCCACCAUUUCCGUGCAAUUAAAAAGAUCUUGGAGAGGAAAGCGACACCUAGUAGUUUCAGAAUUACGAUGGGUGAAUCGUGUAGUGUAAAGUGGGGAAGUGAAGUUUACUAUUUAAAGGAAUUCACCCAAAAAUUCAGCCUCCCCCAAGUAGCCAAGAUCAUUAGGGGGCAAUAUCUAAAUCUCGGGGUGCCCACUCUCCCAUCUCUCUCACCAAAUAACACCGUAUUUCUUGCGUCUGGUGAGAAAAGAAUCAAGAUAGCCGCCCAAUGUGUGAAGUUUAAGGAAAACCGGCGUGUGAUCCUGGUGGGGCCUAAGCUAGCCAUUCCGGACAACUACGAGGGGUGGUUUGAAAUCUUGUCAGAAGAUGGUCGGCCAGUUAAAUGUCUAGAAAGUGUGGCAGAAAUGGCCAAGCGUUUUCCUUCUUGCUGUCUGGUUAGGGAAAACAUUAAAGUGUUUCUAUCGAAAAAUGAUGAUCCUGAAAAUGUCAGUGACAAAACACGGAGUCUUCAAGCAGGAGAAACGUUACAUCUCGUGAACGAGGUACUAGCCGCUCCUAUCAGGGGCAAGGCACCUGGACGCUUUUUACGAUGCUUGACCAGCAAGAAAGAGACUGUCUAUUUGAGUACUGAUCAGCGGGGAAAGUUCAGUCCGGUGGCUGGUGAAGAUAACAUUUCUGGUGUUCAUAGAAUCAAAACCCUACUGAGUAAACGCUUACCAUUAAUGGUACGGUUGGUUCACGGGAAGCCCCCUAUUGGUCUAAAGUCCAACUCCAGUUUUCUACCUGAAAUGCGCCUUUACUCACCGUUCGAGGAGGAAUGUAUUAUGACUCUCCCGCUCCUAAAGGAUUCAGCCAUAGUACCAUUACCUCUGACAGCGCCAUUGAAACUUCAAGCUCCUCGAAACGUCGAAACUCUCGUGAAGCUUCGUGAUUACGCGAAACUUAACGAGAAGUGCAAAAAGAUGAUCGAAGACGUUUCAGACAGAAUCCAAGUAUUUGAUAUUUCCAUGAGCAAAGAAUUACGAAACAAGACGAAAAACAACUUUCACUAUCUUAACGGAAUUGAGAACCGAGUCCAGCCUACAUAUGGCAAACAAACUUCCCAAGUGAGACGUAGCUUGUCAGAUCCCCAGGGACAGAGCAAGGGAAAGACGAUCGUAACCUUAGAGAGAGGUCUCUCUGCACCAAGUGAUGGUGAAUCCAAGAAGGAGCAGAGCACUGACGAUUAUGAUGAAAUAGAUCAGAUUUACGAUUAUGUCCGCGGAUUUAUUCCACUCCCUGAAAAGGUCAAAACUAAUUUCUCGGUCAGUGAUGAUCCAUCGAACCUAGAAACACCACUCACUUCUAGGUCGCCUUCCUCCCCAGUCUCACCCAUCCCAACUUCUCCCUUAGUCUCUUCCUCCAAAGAGACUUUAGCAGUUCAAGGAGACGAAGUUAAACCUGAACCCCCACCGAUCGAAACGAUUCCUGCCAGGAAAACAUCCAGUAAUCACACCAUGAGUCAGAAAAUAACUGUUAGCAUAGUUAACAAAGCAUGUUCGAAUGACAAAAACGACGAGGAACUUUAUUCUCCAACCGACCAUAUUUAUGAGAAAGUUGGAAAAAGAAAAGAUUCUAGAGACAUGAAAACCUCUAGCAAUGUAGGAAGAAUUUAUACUCCUGGCGGACAUCAGAAUUUUCAAAACAAUAAGUUUCUUACCAAAUGUUCCCCUCAACACAGACAACUACACAAGACCAGAAUCUUCAAGCAUUCCAAGAGUUUUCCCCCUAAAGUAUCUGUUCCUUUCCAACGAACCCCUCGCAACAAAACCUGCCGUUCGAACAAAUCAAUCACAACCUCACCUAUUUUCAAUAUUCGGUACAAAUCUUUAACUAAUCUCGCUCCCAAAUUCAACGAUACUCUCGAAUCCAGCAACUCUGGUGGUAGGACUUCCUCCGGCUCUGGUGCUUUUAAAGAAUCUACUGAGAAUUCCAAAGAACAGAACAAGAAACUUCUUAGACCAAAGUCAUUAACAAAUCUUUCUUGGGAAGGAAUAGAACAGUGCAACAAGUAUAACCUCGUGCAAAACGAACUAAAUAAGAAAGUUGGCUGUACCAAGUAUCUACUUUUACCAGAACUUACACCACCUAAAGUAAUCAAUUCUGGGCCAAAUAAACGCAUCGGGACGCUUUACCUGUAAGAAGAGUAUUGUUUAGAUGUAUACAAAGUGUGGCACGGACAUAAAGGUAACCUUUAAUGAACAAAAAUUGUGCAAAAAAAGGUGAAAGGAUAAAUCCAAAGGGAUGUUUUGGUAGUAAAAUGUUACGGCCAGGAACUUCAAUAAAUAAAACACAAAAAUAUCCAAAUAUACGUGACUACUUCAAUAAACAUCUUUGAGAAAUGAGAGCAACUCAUCAGGUCAAGUUGUGAAGUAACAAAACCCGAGAAGCGCCAAGAUUUCCUGCUCAAGAUAAAGAAUAUAGUUUGAAACUAGUAACGUGCAGAUGUGAUAAUCCUUCCAUAGUCAUAUACACUGGUGUAAAUACAUUUAAAUGAAUACGUGUUGUCUUCUAAACUUAUCGUGAAUACUGGAGUAAUUUUUUUGUUUUGUUUUUACACUUUAAUUUGUUUAACGUACGAUUUCACUUCCUUUGUUCAAUUAUUCUUGUUUCUCGACUUUUUGUUACUUCCGAAAUUGUCAGUAAAACUG